AUGCUCUUAGUAUUAGCGCUUAUACUUUUAAAUUUUGCACACGAGAAUAACAAAACUUUUUUUGGUCAGCUGGAUUAUGAUGUAACAGGAGUCGAAGACUGGACAUACGCAAAGCUAGCAGAACAUUAUCGUUCGAAAAUGCAAAAGAGUCUACAGAAGGUGGCGAGUUUGGUUUCUGAAUUUGACGAGGCACAUAGACAUAAAGCUCAAGAAAUCCUUGACAAUUGGCAGUCAUGA